AAUAGGGAGAGUAGGGCUUUAUUUACCGCGAGUCCUUCAUCCACUAGAAAAAUUUUUCUUUGUAGAUAAUACGAAGUGGGAGAGAGGGGAUGCCGAAGUGGGAGAGAGGGGAUGCCGAAGUAGAGUUGUUGUCAUCCUUGAAGGCUAAAAGAGCCAACCAAAAUAAGUUUAGCUUAAACGAGGAUGAGGAGGAAGAGGUGGGGAAGUUAGUGAGGGAGGGGGGUAAGUUAGUGAAUAUCAUGUAUCUCACCAGCAUAGAAUGCAUAGAAGCUAAUGAGCUCUAUGGGCCAAGCGCUUUAAGUGAAUGUUUAUUUAGAUUUUAUAUUGUAGUGUUUAAUGUAGAGUAUAGAGCUGUGUGGUUGAUACUGCGUUUUUCUUAUUUUGCAACUGAAAGGGAUAAGUUUUUGAACGCUGCUGGAGGAGUGGCCAUCCCCAAGAAACCAAGGAAGAAGUCAAAGACUUCAACCAAGGAAAUAGGGGAGGGUGGAGCUGGGAGGGAGGUAGUGCCCAACACUUCAGAUAGAGUUGAAGAGGUGGUGCCAAGGUUGGAGCUGAAAAGGAAGAGCAGUGAGGAGGCGGGAGCAUUGCAAAGGAAGAAGAAGGUGGUGGAAGAGGUGGGGGGGAGUGAGGCUCUCCAGUUCGUACCUCGGCCUCCUCCUGUUGAGCUCGAUCCUGAGCUCAGGGAGUCUGAGGCUGAGAGGGCUAAGGUGAGAGCUCCUGGUAAGGGGAAGGGCCUCGUUCCCCCAUUGUCCUUUCAGAGAAGCUUGUUUGAGGCAAAGAACAUGACGGGAGUAAGGAGGUUCAUUAGUGCAACCUUCCUCAAAGUGGACAAGCGUCAAGCAAGGGACAAAGCUCUAAGGUAUUGUGGGGUGUCUGUGGUGAAGCACGCUCUGGAGUGCGAGCUGGGUGAAUGGUCUAGGGAUGGCAACGGGUCCCCACAGGGGCGGGGACCCCCUCCCCAUCCUCAUCCCCGUCAAUGGCGGGUAUGGGGACCCCCUCCCCAUCCUCAUCCCCGUCAAUGGCGGGUAUGGGGAUCCCCACAGGGAAUUUUGGCAGAGGGUCAAAAAUUGCCUCCGUCCCCAUCUCCACGAGGAAUAAUAAGUUCCCGUGGGUAUUCGGAGUCCCCACCAAAUAAAACUAUCACUUAUUUCACUGCUUAUUAAUCAAAAUUCCAAAAGAAAAUAGUAAUUUUAUA